GCAGCUCCACUCUCGGUUAUGCUGCGGCUCGCCGCGGCCCGCUCGUCGCGCGCGGCGCUGCCGCUGCGCCGCGUGCGCGGGAUGUGCGCGGUCGCCGAUCCGGACAAGAUUGUCAAGGAUCUGGACGUUGCGAUCACCGACUUCACCACAAAGAUGGAGAACCCGCCGCCGCCGCCAGACUACACCGUCGCCCAGAUCCAGGCAGAUGCGGAGACCGGCUCCAUCAACGUGAGCAAAGUCGGCGAGAUCUUCGGGUCGCACGAGCCGGAGCAGCGCAAGAUCAUGAUGACGAUCGCGUCGCGCAUCAACGAGCUGGCGAGGGGCAUCCAGGACACCAAGAAGAACCCGGAGUGGAAGGCUGCCAUCGAGGAGGACAUCUCAAACAACAUCUGGGACCCGAGCCACAUCCCAGACAAGAUCAAGGACUCGAUCGGCCCGCCCGCGGACAAGGAGACCAUCGCCGCAUGAGCCGCCGACGCGAGAGCUGUGGCGAUGAGAGCGCAGAGUUCAGAGAGGGAGCGGCAUGCAUGUACACACACCGCCUCGCGCGCCGCGCGGAGCUCGUUCUUCCCUGGGCCGAGCGUUUUUGAUCUCUGGGUGACGGUGAGUGGGCGCCCGCCCGCCGCCUCUGAGUC